AUGUCAGUCUUCUUCGAUUCACCGAUAAGCGAGGAUAUUGUUGGUGAAAGCGAUGUAGAAUCGCUUCUGGCAAAUAUCGGCAUCGAUCAAGGCGUAGCACCAGAUCAGUCAGGCGAAUAUCGUCAAUUAUUAGCAGCUGUGCAUGAUGUCGCAGAACACAUCCUCGAGCUCCCAGAUUAUUUCCCCCAACCAGAUACCCAAAGUUACCCCCGUGAGCAACUACAUCGUCCUGCUGAAAACGAACAAGACUUUGGAAAUGCUUGGGCGCAUAAAUUCCGGAUACGAGGAAAUCGAAAAGGAGGGAUUUUGAGCGGCAAGACUGUCUGCUUGAAAGACAAUGUCGCAGUUGCUGGUGUUCCGCAGUUCUUCGGUACAAACGCUAUACCUGCAUGGACACCAGAAUUCGAUGCUACUGUGGUCAAGAGAGCGUACGAAGCUGGAGCAGACAUCGUUGGAACAACCGUUUGCGAGAACUUCUGCAACUCCACCUCAUCAUUCACCAGCGCCCAAGGGACAGUUCACAAUCCCUACGCAUGUGGUUACUCAGCUGGUGGCAGUACCUCGGGUGGCUCGGCUCUAGUUGGUGGGGGCUUGGUUGAUAUUGCCAUUGGGGCCGAUCAAGGAGGAAGCAUCAGAGUUCCGGCGUCAUUUUGCGGAUGUGUUGGUCUCAAACCCACACAUGGUCUUGUUCCGUAUACCGGAAUCUCCAGUGGUGACUCUGUCAACGACCAUGCUGGUCCGAUCGCCAGGACUGUGGCAGAUGUUGCAAUGUGUUUAGAUGCCAUCAGUGGGAGAGACGAUUUCGACGACAAGACACUAGGGGCUCCUUCGCAUGGCUCGUCACAGUAUUCAGAGCGCUUGAAAAGCUCUGUAGCUGAUAUGAAGAUCGGAGUGCUGACAGAAGGAUUCGAACAUCGCCUUGUCGAUUCAGGAGUCAAAGAUGUAGUACUCAGUGCAGUCAAGUCUUUCGAAGAGCUAGGCGCUACUGUGCAGCGCAUUUCGUUUCCGUUGCAUCUAGAAGGACCUGCCGUCUGGACUAUCCAACAACGCAUUGCGGGAACCCUUGGAAUGAUGGGAUUUGCACAUGGUCGAAGAGGCGUGUUUUCGACAAAAUACGAAGCCGUGCGCCAGCCAUGGACCAACGAGACAUUUCAGAAGCUUUUCCCUUCAACCAAGAACACCAUUAUCAACGGGCUCUCUUUGAUGCAAAACUACCCUGGCCUCUAUGUUAAGACAUUGAACAUAACACAGCAGAUAAAGGACGCGUAUGAAAAACUGUUCGAGGAGUACGAUAUCAUCGUAAUGCCGACAACGCCGUUCGUUGCCCCAGCGAAUGUGGACUGGAAGCGAGGGGACUCUCCAAUGAAAGCCCUCAAACCAAGCAUGGGCAUCACGACGAAUACUGCUAUCUUCGACAUCACAGGGCAUCCAGCCAUGUCUCUACCCGUUGGCUUUGCGCCAGCGAAAGAAGACGUUAGCGUCAUGCUCCCCGUGGGGCUACAACUCGUAGGGGGUUUGAAUCAAGAACAGAAGAUCCUCGAUGCAGGCUUUGCAUGGGAGUCGGCCAACGACUGGAAGAAUCUUGGCGAUAACUGCACUCGACGCGAGACAGUGCCUCCGAAACUGUAG